AGAAAGGAGACAAUGAUAUGUUGAGCUCUGAUCAUUCACCUACAAAGCCUAAACUCAAACUCCUGAGUGAUGGUGACUUCUUAAAAGCAUGGGGUGGGAUAUCGUCUUUACAGUUUGUUCUUCCAGUAACAUGGUCUUACGGGAAAAAGUAUGGAGUGACCCUCGAGCAGGUAGCUUCUUGGUGGAUCGAUAGGCCUUCCAAACUCGCUGGUCUACACUCUAAGGGAGCGAUUACAGUUGGAAAACAGGCAGAUCUUGUAGUGUGGGAACCUGAAGCCGAAUUCGAGCUAGAUGAAGAACAUCCAAUUCACUUUAAACACCCUAGUAUCUCGGCUUAUCUGGGAAGAAGAUUAUCAGGCAAAGUGGUUUCGACAUUUGUGAGAGGAAACUUGGUUUUUAGAGAAGGCAAGCAUGCUUCUGAUGCUUGUGGGUCUCUGCAACUCGCGGCUUGAAACUAAAAAAAGGGAUUAUCCGCAACAUUGUAAAAAACAUAAAUAUGUGAUCAAGCCAGUCAUCGCUGGCAAAUGAUAUCAAGAAACAAGAAUGUUGAGAUUUAUUCAGAUUGAUUGAUGUUGUGAAGAUUUUAGCGAGUCUUUGACCCAUACUGCAAGUAAGGUUAAGACUCUCGAUUAUGUAACUGGACCGACUUAAUAGAUUUGUUGUAAUGGUUUAAGUGUAUAAUGUAAAUAACCGGCUCACAUUUGAUCGAUC